GGCGAAGACGAGGUGAAGAGGUGGACUCACGACGAUGGGUGUGACCUAAUGGUAGCAAGGAGUAUAUAAGCCGAGCGACUCGACGCGCACCGGGAACAACCGACUUGAAGUGAACCAGAACGGCAGACACCAUGGGUCGCCUCAUUAUAGUAUCGUUUGUGCUCUGCACUCUGAGCUCAACCAGGCUGAUACACGCGCAGUACCAGCAGCCUUACCAAACCACGACUCCCGUACCCAUACUCAAGCAGAUUGACAGGCACAACGAGGACGGUAGCUACAGUUACGGGUACGAAGCAGCCGAUGGUUCUUUCAAGAUAGAAUCGAAAUAUCCCACGGGGGAAGUGUACGGGAAAUACGGGUUCGUCGAUGAUACGGGAAAGGUUCGAGAGGUCGAAUACGGCGCCUCUAGACGCGGUUUUGAGCCUGCUGGAACCGACAUCAACGUUCCUCCCUCCACCAUCCAGGGUAACACUGUCGCCGGUCCCAACGACCCCGAAGACGACGGACAGUACAGGGAGGAUCCUUCCGUCUAUUAUACUGACCCCAAGUACACCAAUGGAGAGUACUACAGGCCGAUACCGAAGAGGACGAACUACGCGAAACAACCGAAUUAUGAAGCUCCAGAGGUCUACAAUCCAGCGCCGCAAAGAUACGACACACAGUCUUCUGUCUACAACAUCCAGACGAGAAAUCAUCCCGCUGAACAACAACAAUACCAGUCUCAGUAUCAGCAACAGGAUCAUUCGGCGGACUAUCGGUACCAGGGACAGGGAUCAUUUCAGUACCUCAGUGAUCGAUUCUACAAUCAAAAACGUCGCAGCCCACAAACUGUUGGUGCAAAUGACAAUUAUUUUAGCAAAUAUGUACAAAUGGAAUGAAUAAAAAGAUAUUUUGCGUAA